AAGAAAAACGAUCACGUAUGUAUGUAUAAAUACAGAUAUCAUCGUUUUAGGGUUUGUUUCACGGUGCCUGAACCUCACGCGUUGCGCAGAGAGACGUCGCAAUGGGGAGGAGACCUGCUAGGUGUUAUCGUCAGAUUAAAAACAAGCCAUACCCCAAGUCACGUUUCUGCCGUGGUGUUCCUGAUCCUAAGAUCCGAAUUUAUGAUGUUGGUAUGAAGAAGAAAGGUGUUGAUGAGUUCCCUUUCUGUGUCCAUCUGGUUAGCUGGGAGAAAGAAAAUGUUUCAAGUGAAGCAUUGGAAGCUGCUAGGAUUGCAUGCAACAAAUAUAUGGCAAAGUUUGCUGGAAAGGAUGCAUUCCACUUGAGGGUCAGAGUGCACCCCUUCCAUGUUCUCAGGAUCAACAAAAUGCUUUCAUGUGCAGGAGCUGAUAGGCUUCAGACUGGUAUGAGAGGUGCUUUUGGAAAGCCCCAGGGUACAUGUGCUAGGGUGGCCAUUGGCCAGGUUCUUCUUUCCGUCCGCUGUAAGGACAGCAACAGCCACCAUGCACAGGAGGCCCUUCGUCGUGCUAAGUUUAAGUUCCCUGGUCGUCAGAAGAUCAUUGUUAGCAGGAAAUGGGGUUUCACCAAGUUUAGCAGGACUGAUUAUCUUAAGUACAAGUCAGAGAACAGAAUUUUGCCUGAUGGUGUGAAUGCUAAGCUUCUUGGGUGUCAUGGACCAUUGGCAAAUCGCCAACCUGGAAGAGCUUUUAUAGAUGCUGCCACUGCAACUGCUUAGGUGACCUGUUACUUGGAACGGUAGAUUUUGCCCGUAAUAGUUGCAGAAGAUUGAAUGUUUCCUAUUUGUUCUGCUCUUAAUAUCAAACUAUGUUGAAUUUAUUUCCUUUUUUUGUGAAAAACCUUCAAUGGAAUGAAUGCCAUAUUGUUUUGAUUCCCUUGCCA